AAGUAGUACAUACUAAAUGUUAAUUCUAACACCAAAAAUGAAGCAAUCUAAGUCCAUUUUCUGAUCCUAUAUAAAAAGAUACAGCUACAAACUGAUAUAAUCAUCAUACCAAACCCCUUGAUUUCGAGCACAUUGUAUUCGUACCUCACCCCCUAAACCUCGAAAAAUAUGGCUGUUCCACAAGGUACUACUACUAGAAAAAGAAGUCCAAUUACACUAUGUGCCAUAUGUUGUCUAGCAUUGAUCGUGAUCGUGGGGCUUGCCAUCCUCAUAACUUGGCUUGCCAUUAAGCCGAAGAAGAUUCAGUACUCUGUUGAUGAAGGGUGGAUCAGGGACUACAACUUGAACAACAGUCGUCUAACAUCCACAUUCAAUUUUGUCAUUAGGACAUAUAAUCCCAACAAUAAGGCCGUGAUAUACUAUGACAGAAUGGAUGUCACAGUGUACUAUCGAGGCCAAAAUGUGUCCUCGGAUCAUAUGGAUCCAUUUCGACAGCCUAAGAAAAAUGUCACCAGGCUUAUGUAUCAGAAAAAUGUUAAGGAUGUCGUACUGUCAUCAGAUUCUGCUCAGCAUCUGAAACUCGAGAGGACUGGUGGACAGGUCGAUCUUGAUGUAAAGAUCAACGCGAAGAUUAGGUUCAAGGUAGGAGCGUUCAAAACACGGCAUUAUAAGUUGAAGGUAUUAUGCUCCCCUGUGGUUGUUAACUUCUCGAAUGAUAAGAGGUUUCAGAAGACAGACUGCGAUGUCGACUACUGAUAUAUAUAUUCUGCACUGAUUAGUUUGAUGUCAUACAUACAUUGGUUUUUCUUUUUCUUCUUCUUUGUUUUCGUUUGUUUUUUUGAUUGAUUGUAUUCUUCGAUUCAUUGGCACUCAUUAGUUUUGUGUGUUUUUGUUGUUUCUUUUCUGAUUUGAACAUUUCUUCUUGUUUUCUUAUGUUUUUGUAAGAGAAAUGAGUUGGGGAUUGUACUGAAGAACAUCAUUUUGCUGUUUGUGUAAAAACUUAUGUUUAAUGAAAUUGUUCAAAUGUUUAAAUGCUUUCAAAA